AUGGGUUUAGUCUCCAGUCUUGGUCACGACGGUGACACCUUCUACGCGAAUCUCCUGGAAGGAAAGAGUGGGGUUUCUGAGAUAGAAAACUUCGAGUGCAAGCAAUUUCCCACAAGGAUUGCAGGCGAAGUUAAGUCAUCACCACAUGGUUGGGUUGCUGGAAAGUUUCCAAAGCGGAUGGAUAAGUUUAUGCUUAAUGUGUUAACUGCCGGGAAGAAAGCUGCGUUCGAUGCUGGACUUACAGAGGAUGUAAUGAAGAAUUUAGAUAAGUCAAGAUGUGGUGUACUUGUCGGAUCAGCUAUGGGAGGCAUGCAGAUUUUUAGUGAUGCUAUCGAGGCCUUAAGAAUAUCUUAUUGCAAGAUGGACCCAUUUUGUGUACCAUUUGCAACGACAAACAUGGGCUCUGCUGUGCUGGCUAUGGACUUGGGAUGGAUGGGACCCAACUACUCUAUUUCCACAGCUUGUGCGACAAGCAACUUUUGUAUAUUAAAUGCUGCUAAUCAUAUGAUCAGGGGUGAAGCUGCGAGUUCCUUGCUUCCUAAUAUUCUUUAAUGUGUGCGACAAUUAUUUUUCCUUGAACGACCCAUGUCCGGAUGUGCGCAACAGUUACAACUCCGUACAUUUCUGUCCUCCUUAGUGAAAUGUGAAGGGCUAAGUUUCCAGGUCAUUAUCUUGUGCUGAUACUAAUUGGGAAUUCGGUAAUGCUUUUUGGCCGACUUUGAAAUUACUUAAGAACUUCAGCUAGAUAUUCCAGCAUAUAAAGGUGAUUGUAGGAGAGAAAGAGAAGCUGGAUAUCAAGGUUGCAUUGUCCUACUCUUUCUGAUUUGGUGGUCAAAACUCUUCCAUCCUCUUUGCCCCAUACAUUGAGAGUAACGAGAGUCAGGCUGCUUAAGAGGGCUCACACCCCUUCAUCAGUGUUCUUAUACCGAUGUUUUCCUUUGUAGUUUGUAAGAUUCGAAAAGGUGAAUCUUACAGCGAAUCUUACAGCGAUCCUUUGUAGAUAGUCCAAAUUUACAGCUUAGAAUCCAGCCUUAGAAAGAUGGCUGUAUUCCAGAGAAUGGUGAUUAAUUUUGGUACUAUUUUUGUUUCAGUUCAAAAUUGUCUCUGUGAACACGCAUCAGAGUUUUACAAGAUUGUAGACUAUCAUACAGAAUUUUGUGUUAAUGUUGGAACGCCUUACUGAAUUCCGGCUUCCGCAAAGGUGGUCUUAAUGUGGACUUACCGAUCUGUCUCA